AUCAAGUGAAGGAAACAUGCUUGACAAGGAGAGAAUCAAACAGCUACACAAUGUCAGGAUGCAGAAGGCCAAGUUUUGGAGAGGCAACGUAUUAUUCUGUUCCCACACAGCAUUGUGCAAAUAAAUAUUUGUCAUGGUAUUCAUUAGACACGGCAGCUCCAAAGUAACUACCUGCUCCAGUGGAGGCUUUGAACAGAUCAGAAAGUUCCUUUGUGAGCAAAGACAGGUCAUUUUGUACAUCUGCAGAGCUUGGGAAAAGAGAGCCUGCACUUCUUCGGCAAUGCAGUGCACCCAGAAGGAAGCAGAAGGCUAUACUGCCCCACAAAGUGCUGACUCACCAACUAACAAUAAUGCAAUUAUAAAAAAAAAUGGAACCAUUGUGAAUAUCUACAGAAAUUAUGUUACAUGGAAAACAAGUUCAGUCUGGUCUCAACCAGAGGAAAACAUAAACUUCUACUAACAGAGAGGAAACAAAGUUUAAUUUGCUCAUGGAUCAGUGAAGUCCAAAAAUGUGUAUUCCGUUUGGGUGGACUCUGCCCUUUCUUGGCAUUUAAGUUUCAGGAGUGAGGGACAACAGAGCUUAAAGAGGAAGACAGCCCUCAAAAUUUGUAUCCACUCCUGGCUGUACCGACUGCUGCCCCAGUAAUAAGCAAUCCAGAAGCUGCAAACAUAAACAAAUAAGGUUAUUUUAAGAGGAGACAUGAACCUUGAAGAAUAUUUUGCAAGAACCGGGUAUAAAGGUUCCCUUGAAAAUCAAGACCUGGAAACCUUAACUGAUAUAUUCCAGCACCACAUCCGUGCUGUUCCAUUUGAAAACCUCAGCAUCCAUUGUGGGGAGAAAAUUACUUUGGAGCUGGAGCACGUUUAUAACAAAAUCGUGCGGAAGAAGCGUGGUGGCUGGUGCAUGGAAAACAACCAGCUGUUAGGCUGGGUCCUGAAAUGCCUGGGGUAUGAUGCCAGCUUUCUGGGAGCGUACGUGUUCAAUCCGCACGAAAACGCAUACGCCACCAUCAUGACCCAUCUCCUAGUCAAGGUAGUUAUUGACGGAAAAGCCUACAUUGUUGAUGGAGGCUUUGGUGUAUCCUAUCAAAUGUGGCAGCCGAUGGAGCUUGUGUCAGGAAAAGAUCAGCCCCAGGCGCCUGGUGUCUUCCGUUUCACGGAAAAAAAUGCUACCUGGUACCUUGAGAAAAUGAGACGGAAACAAUGUAUCCCCAAUCAAAAUUUCUCAAAUUCUGAUCUUCUAGAGAAAAAAGAGUGUCGGAAAGUGUAUAUGUUCAGUCUUGAACCACGGACAGUAGAGGAUUUCCGUUUCCAGUGUACGUACCUUCAGACUUCUCCGGAUUCCCUCUUUACAAAGAAGUCUAUCUGCACACUCCAGACCACCGAUGGCUUCCGAGCGCUCAUCGGGUGGACGCUCACGGAGACCAUAUACAACUACAAGGAAAACAUGGAUCUGGUGGAAUUUAUAACCCUUAAAGAUGAAGAGGUGGAGAAGACACUGAAAGACAAGUUCAACAUCACUUUAGAGAGAAAACUUAUCCCAGUUAACGUCAAAGGAUUUUACACAAUCUAGACGACUGGAAAAACCUAUGAUAAUGCUACACAUGUAUACCGUAUCUUCCAUGGUCUGCGCAAUCACUACUGCGAGAUUAUGGGAUUCUCUUGCAGGCGACUGAAGGAAAAAUACAUUAAUACCAGAUUAAAGUGAAUUUCACUCUGGGGAAAGGAGAAAAUCAGGGAUUUAAGACUCGUCUGUCAGGUAUAUAGAAUUAUUUUCUGUGAGAUGACUGCAGUUCAAUUUUUGGCACAAAUGUAGAGACUGAUUUGAAUCUGGUUAUAAACUUGGGUAAGAAAUAUGUCUGGGUAAUUUUGGAGUGCCUAUAGCACAUAAAUAGGAGUAAGGAUUAUUCAUUGCGAUAUGAUGCCAACACAUUUUCUAUGGUCAUUACAGGAAAAAAGUCAUCUGUGAGCUUUUAGACAAUGAAGUAUGCAUUUAAAACUUCAUUUUUCACAAGAUCUAACCACUCACUGCUCAUCUCAUUACCUUUAAUAUAGGUUGAACAAUAUUGCCAUCUUUGAAAGGAACAUUAGGAGGUGUAAUUCUUUCACCAUCAUCCUUAGGUGAAAAUAUAGUACAAAAUGAAAAUUAUCAUCAUGUGCGUCCCUUUUGUCAUUACUGCAGUAAACUGCCCAGAGUAAUUUUUGGUAUGUAGGUAUUUUUCAGUUGAUGCAAUCUGUAUGUAUUGCAGCAUUAUUGUGGCUGAUGGAUUCUGAGGAUGUACCCAACACUCUUUGCUUCUUAUAAGUAAUCACCCUAUAAAGGGGUGAAUGGUGCUUAAAUGUCUCAACUAGCUUAGAUUUACUUCUAUCCCAAAUGGGGGAGAAAUUUAGUAUUUUUAGUAUUGCAAAGUAUUUGUAUAACAAAGGUGAAAGAACAAUGAAGCUAACCCUGCUUUAGCCUUAAUUCUACCCUGCUACCUUUUUGUGUAUAGCAAAUACGGGGGUCCAUAUGACUAUCCUAAAUGAUUAACACUUAGCACAAGAUCUUUAGUGUCACAAGUUAGUUUCAUCUGUAUUAAAUUGAAAAAAAUAUGUACUCAGGUGCCAACCAAAUCUAAAGGAACUCAUUCCUUUAAAAGUUAUUUUACAAUUGCAUUUCCACAUUAAAAAAAAAAAAAAAGUUGUUUCCCCCACCAUGCUUUUCUGCAAAAAGCUUGACUAAGAAAACCACUAAGAAAGGGGAAAUGCUCUCAAGUGCAUGAAAGAGUAGCAGCAAUACUGAAAAACAUCCUUUUUCUAUGUUUUCUCCCCCAUCUAUGAUAAUACUCAGUAUUGGUGAAAUGCUGAUUUCUUUCACUGAUGGUGUAUAUUUUUGCUCAAAGACAUUAUCUGAUCAAAAAUCACACAAAUACUCUGUGUAUUUGAAAAUAAAGGAAAAUAAAAACAGAGUUGCUGUAAAUUGAGCCUCCCC